AUGGAGUCUGCACACUACAACAACCCCGAGGACAGGAAAUCGCUAGACAGCAUCAACAAAGACAAUGUCUCCAUUACACAAACUGGUUUUAUUACGACGAUAGACGCCAAGAAGGAGAGAGCAGUGGUAUGGAAGUUGGAUCUCCAUCUGUUACCUCUCCUCGCUGUCAUGUACCUCUUCAAUUCUCUGGACAAGUCGAACAUGGGCAAUGCCAAAACAGCUGGUCUGGCCAAAGAUCUCGGACUUCAUGGCCACCAAUACAACCUCAUUUUAUCGAUUUUCUACGUGCCGUACGUUCUUACUGCACCUUUCCUCGCCGCUCUGGGAAAGAAGUAUGGACCGAGUAGAGUGUUGCCAUGCAUGAUGUUUGGAUUCGGUACUUGCACGCUUCUUGUCGUCGCUGUGCAGAACUUUGGUGGACUGAUGGCUAUCCGUUGGUUCUUGGGUAUGUGCGAGAGUGCAUUCUUCCCUCUCGUCAUCUACUAUCAGACCAUGUUCUAUCGUAGAGGUGAACUGGCACGCAGACUCGCCAUUUUCUACGCCGCUCAAUCAAUCGCCAGCGCCUUCUCUGGUCUUCUCUCUUUUGGCGUAUUUCAGAUUCGCGGCGGUGCUCUGUCGCACUGGCGCUAUCUGUUUAUCAUCGAGGGAUCCGCCACCAUCAUUGUUUCAGCUAUCGCCUUCUGGUACCUACCUCUCUCCGCUGCCGACGCACACUUCUUGACCCCUGAGGAAAGAGAGAUCGCCGUUCACCGUAUUCAGGUGGACAGUUCGGCUGUUGUCAAUGAGGAGUUCAAGUUGGGCCGUGCUAUGACUAUCUUCAAACACCCUACCACAUGGGCCUUCUUGGUUAUCGAGAUUUGCUUGGGUGUACCGCUACAAUCGGUCAACCUCUUCCUUCCGCAGAUUGUACAGCGAUUGGUAUGUUACGCUUCCUCUAUCAUUCUUGCUCUCAAUACUGACACAUAUGACAGGNGCUAUGGAACCAUCAAGACUAACCUCUACACCGUUGCCCCCAACAUCACCGGCGCAGUCAUGUUGCUCAUCCUGGGAUUCUCCUCCGAUCUCACACGCUGGAGAUUCCCCUUCAUCGCUCUCGGAUUCUUCUUCACCUUCUGCGGUUUCGUCAUUUACUCAGCCAUCGAUGUCAGCGCCUCAUUGACCGUCGCUUACUUUGCCACUUUUAUGAUGACCUGGGGCACCAGUGCGCCUUCAGUACUGCUGGAUGUCUGGUACUGCAACAACAUCGCCGACGAGAACAAGAGAGCAGUGCUUACUUCCGUUGCGGUGCCGAUGGCAAACUUGAUGGGUGUGGUGUCGAGCAAUAUCUUCCUUCAGCAAGAGGCGCCCAAGUACAUGACUGCAUUGGCGACCACUGCUGCGUUUGGUGGCACUGGUAUUGUGUUGACUCUUUUGCUUGGUUUGUGGAUGAUCUGUGAUAACCGCCGUCGCGAUAGAGCACAAGGGGUCAAUUUGAGGGCUAUUGAUGUGCCCACGGAGAAGUUGGGCGAUGGACCUGCUGCUGAUGAAUUCAGAUGGUUCUACUAG